CUGCGUUUUCUAAUUUCUGGGGUUUUCUAAAAAGCAAUCUCAGUUUCUACCGUGGGACUCACCGCAUGGUGUCCUAAUCGUGAACACCUUCGGCUUAUCACCGUGAUACAACCCCGGGAUCAGCAGUUCCGCUCUGCAGAAGAAACUCGUUCUAAAUCAGAACCCUGAGCUCUAUCUGGGCUACUCCAAGAGAUUUAUUUGGCUACAGUUUCUCAAUCCUUAUAGAUAAGCCACUUGUGUGAAUUGCUGGUACGAGCUCAAUGCAGUCUUGGUUGUAAGUCGAACACGUUGGACGUUGGCUGAGAUCCACGUGAAGAUCAUCUAACAAAGCUCGGUCUAAAUCAAAGCCCGGGACUGUAUUCGCGGUACUUUUAUCUAUUUCGUCAAACUUGCUCAACCCUCAAAGAUAAAUCCUCGAUGUAAAUUUCUGGAGCACGUUCAAGGCAGUGCUGGUUGUGAAGGGUACGAUUUUGACGCUUGGCUUAAUUCCACGUGAAGUAGUACUGUGAUUACUGGAAGGAGCACAGAGAAAUAUGACGACCACUAAGUUGAUGUGUGCCCUGCUUCUUGUGGUGGUCGCGUCACAUAUGCGAUGCGAGGGAAGAGCGCGGGGACGAAGACACCGAAACAGCUUCUCUCUAUUAAACUCGGCAAACUCGAUGGAGGACAAAGAGGGAAACUCCAAAGUGGAUGCUUUUGGUAGUUGGAAUAAUUUCCUUGGACAUACCGCCAACACGCGCAACAAUAAAAAGUCUAAAUCCAAGAACAAGGCACCUGUCUCUCAGGGCCCUGCGGUAGUUGGCCCUCCAGGCCCUCCCGGUCCCCCAGGACCACAGGGACCCGCCGGCGCGAUUGUGACCGAGGCUUCCAUGAUGACAGAGUUUCGCAACUUGGUCCGAGAAUCGGCAGAGAAAAGGUCCAGACGCCUAGCUGAGUUUGACCAGAACAUCAGCCUGAUGGCGGCAGGAACGCCUGACCUUCUUACAGCCUUUCACAUCGAGCUCAGGGGUGACGUCCAAAUCCCACGAAAAACUCUACAUGAACUUGGCAACUACAGAACACAUAUUGGACACUACGGCACCUUUGUGCGCGGGAAUGACGUGGACUUCAAGUCGGGCCGCUACAUAGUUCGCUACACCGGCAUCUACCAAUUCACAGCUAACAUCCACGUGCUUAGACCACGUGACGCAAACCUUAGACCUCGUGACAACAUCAAGCUCAGGAUAUGUAUUACGUCACUCUGCAAUCAUAACACGUCUCUGAUGACGAUAAUUGGGCUAAAUACGAACAGCAAGAUUUUCACUACGAGUCUUACUGGCAUGUUACACCUCAAGGCCGGCCAGUAUGUGUCUGUCUUCGUGGAAAACAGUUCAGGAAACCCAAUCAUCAUCAGCAGUCAGUCGACUUUCACUGGCAUUCUCCUCGGUGCUUAGUCGACUUUCGCUGGCAUUCUCCUCGGUGCUUAGUCGACUUUGACUGGCAUUCUCCUCGGUGCUUAGUCGACUUUGACUGGCAUUCUUCUCGGUGCUUAGUCGACUUUGACUGGCAUUCUUCUCGGUGCUUAGUCGACUUUCGUUGGCAUUCUCUUUGGCGCUUAGUCGACUUUCGCUGGCUCAGACUUUUUUACAUACGGAACAACAAUAUACUGAUAAAGAGCGCAGGAAAGCAACGGUAGAUAUAAGCGUGGUAAUACUUUCAAAACACCUCGCAGGGUAGCCUAGUGAGCAAGGAUAACGCGUUCAAACUCAACUCACAAAAACUAGAAAUUCACAAGCAGUUACAAAAAUAGCCUUGUUCUUGAAUAGUAUCUCUAAUGCUUCCGUGUUCACACAAGUACGGAGAUUAGAGUAAAAUGUUUUUGGCUUCUAGUUUGAUUAACGCCACUUUUUGACGCAGUGAUCUCACUAGCACCGAAACAUAGGUUCAGAUUAGAUAUGUUUAAAGUGCGAACGGUAACUUAGGGUCACUUUGAUAUGGGCAUAUACUCACUGCUUAUUCACUAUUAUUAAUGUUAUUUAGAAUGUUGUUUCUCUGUUAAAUAAUUGCUCGAAUAUGCGAUAACUACUUGAGCGCAUUUGUCUGCGAACUUAUUAGUCGAAAGACUAAUAAGUUUGCAGACAAAUGCGCCAAACUUUGUAUUUCUAGAAGGUGUAGAUAUUUUUUUAUCAUUUCGUAUUCUUUGUUAUUUCGUUUCGGCUCUUACGUACGAUGCAAAGCUACGCGGCAUAGAUAAAUUGUAUAAAUGGGAUGAUAAGGAAUGUAAUCUAAUAAAGGCAUCUUAUCUUGGAGAGCAUUCAAACGUUUGAGCUUUCACUUAAAAAAUGACGUAGGGUUUGUGCUUAGCUGGUAGAGAUUCUUAUUUUGUUCACUAUUGUAUUUAAAUUUUGCAAUAAAUUUAUUUGUUCAGAAA